AACAGCAGCUUCAGUCCCAGGGCAUGGCAGUCACAGAUCAGGACAUCAACAGGCAUCUGUCCAGGGGGGAGCUGGCCCUCCAUUGUCGGAGGAGAACCCGGGGUGAAGAGGCCACCACCCAGAUGCUGGAGGAGCUGCUGCAGGGGCUGACGGGGACCAGUGGCAACGACUCUCUUGGAGUUCCCCUGUUUGACAUGGACAGGAUGGAGCACAUCUGGCAUGUCCAAAGCAAGCACAUCAAAUGCAUCCAGGACCCGCCAGGUGUGUCUCUCUACACAAAAACAGGGGAGCUCACUAAGGGAGGUGUGCGGUUGCCCACAUUCAGGUGCGCCAGGGGCUCUACAUCUUUGGAGUCCUUUCAUUUGCACCUCAACCGCUUCAUCCCAGGAACCAGUGCCAACAGCCUGAAUUUUCAGGUUUACUUGCUUGAAGGACUCCAUAGGUGGAACCAGGACCGUGGUAGUGCUGCCCUGUCGGCUGGACCAUCUGCUUUCCGCAGCUACUCGGGUGACCUGCUUCACUGUGUGAACAGGAACUAUGAGAAGCUGUUUGGCAGGAAGGUGGUCCCAGAGUUCUGUCCACCCUCCCCUUACACUGGAGAGCUCAUAGGGCUGCAGUAUCUGUUCCGGCAGACUGGUCAGGCACUGCAGGAUAUGCACCCUGAUUCGGAGGAGACUGCUCAGAUGGUGGAGGAGCAUAAUGUGGAGGACAAUGAGGAGGAAGAUGAGGGGUUUGCCGAAGCAGCAGAGGACCCAACAGUGCUGGACCAGGAAGCUCUCCAUGCCCCUGCCACUCUGACUCCUGGCCUGAGCUCUAGUGUGUCCACAGCUCAGCUCACCUCCUCCACAACAGCUCCUUGCAGUUCCUCCAGCCAAGCUUCGAGCACCUCCUUCAUCCCAGCUCCUAGCACCUCCUUCGGGACAGCUCCCAGCCCACUGGCCAUAGCUCCCUCUCCUGGCCCAUCUGCAGUAGCCUCUGCUUCGUCAUCUCUGGUCUCAACUUCAUCCUCUGAGACUGGAGUUGAUAUGCAGCCUCAUGAUGAUGAUGUGGCUGUGGACGAGCAGAAUGUCCCUGGCUACCAGAACGUGGACAGACUCGCUGAGUUUUUGGUGGAGCUUCGGAGUCAGACGUCCCUGUGUCUCACCAACCAGCAGGCCAGCACCAUCAAAGGCCUGUGGGACAGCCUCAACGAGCGGGACAGGCAGCGGGUGGUAUAUGCUGCUCGACACCAGGACAGGCUCCUGACUGGAAGGUUUAGAACACCGAAGAAGCCCUCAACCACGCCUGGUGUGGAGAGCACUGCCCGCUGCCUGUUAGGUGCAAGUAGCGCGCCUGCUCAGUGGCCUAACUGCUGUCGGUUGGUGGAGAACAUUUUCAUUCGACUCUGCAGCAUUCACCAAGGCCCAGUGAGGAGAGGGAAGACAGCUGUCUCGAGGUGGUCCCUUAUCUUGAGGGAUUACCACAGGAUAAGGCAGCUGGUGCUAGGUAACUCUCUGGUGAUGCAGCAGACAGCCAUUCAGCUGGUGGAGGUCAACCAGAACACCCUGAUCCAGUGGUUCAACUCCAGGCAGAAGAGACAGGAACUGUCUGUGCUGCUUCAGGGUGCCGUCCUACCUCCAGCCAUCUCUGAAUCUGCAGAGCCUCUUCAGGAGGCAAGAGUGCUAGCUGCUCAGCCUGCACCAGCGCAGCAGGAGCACCAGUACUGGCUGCCAGAGAGCACAGCUGGUCAGGCACAGCAGAGGCAGAGGGGUCCUAGUCAGGUCCCCCGCACCAUCUUACCGAAAACACCGGGCAAGAGGCCUCUGUUUGCCGGCCCCCCAGCACCAGCACCCAGUCUGACAACCCAGUUUGUCUCUCCACCUGGACAAAAUGUCAGACUAAUACAAGUGCCAGUUAUAUAUCCUGUGGCAGUUUUCCCUCAGACAGGUGCAGCUACAAGCCAAGAAGAAGCCCCACCCAAGAGGCCAUACAGGAGGACGGUGGAGGCUAACACCUGCAAAAAGUGUGGCCAGUUCAGGAAUGCCGAAACUGGCCACAGCCAGUACUAUGGCAAAGUGUACUGCCCUGAGUUUGAGACCCUCACCAAACAGCAGUGGCUGGAGGAAAUGAGGAAGAAAUUCCAGAAAUAGGCUGAUCUUGUAAAUAAUAACUAAAAUGGCACACUAAAUUAAAACUGUAAAAAUUGUAUAUAGUUGUAAGUAUUUAUGUUUAUUUUUGUUGUUUUGUAAGUUAUGAUAGUGUGCAAUAAAUUGUUAUAUUUUCUACAAACAAACACAA